CGAGGGGAGAAGUUGAGGGCAGCUCCUCCGCUCGCGCAGUUUCCUCCACUGGUGGCGCUGAGACCUCUGCACGACUGGGACCAGCUGGGACACUCCUGCUCCGCACGAGCUCUUCUCCACUAGAUGGACUGGGACAUUAGACCUUAGCGCUUUCCUUCUUUGAGCUGUAUGGACAGUUUUGAGGACAAGAGCGCAACAUCUCCAUUGAGCAAAUAUGAAACUUUGCCGGACUUAAUUUUGCACUGAGUCACAAACAGGACCGGUCAGGGAUCAACGCAUUUAGCUUCUUCCGUACACACUCUUUGUACAGCUGGGGCUGCGAACCAGUCCCUGCCGUGUUAUCACGCAGAAAGCGACCUAGUAGUUACAGACUUUCGUGGCCUGAUGGGAUCAGAUGUGCGAGACUUGAACACCUUGCUGCCGCCGGUUCCCGCCCUCCCGGGGGGCAAUGGGAACUGCGCCCUGCCCGUCAGCAGCGCCCCUCAGUGGGCACCUGUGCUAGACUUCCACACGGCAGCACCCUACAGCUCCCUGCCCUCGCACUCCUUCAUCAAGCAGGAGCCCGGGUGGACGACGGCUGACCCGCACGAGGACCCCCACUGUGGACUCAGCGCCUUCACCGUCCACUUCUCCGGCCAGUUCACCGGCACAGGGGCCUGCAGGUACGGCGCCUUCGGCGGACCCCCGCCCAGCCAGCCCCCGCCCAGCCAGCCCAGGAUGUUUACCAACGGACCGUACCUGCCCAACUGCAUGGAGAGCCAGCCUGCCUCCAGAAACCAAGGCUACAGUACGAUGCCAUUUGACAGUGCUGGCAACUACGGUCACACACCAUCCCAUCACUCCUCCCAGUUCCCCAACCACUCAUCCCAGUUCCCCAACCAUUCCUUCAAGCACGAAGACCCGAUCGCCCAGCAGUCCAACAUGGGUGAGCAGCAGUACCCUGUUCCCCCGCCUGUGUACAGCUGCCACAACCCACCUGAGAGCUGCACGGGGAGCCAGGCGCUUCUCCUGAGGAGCCCCUACAACAGUGAUAAUUUAUACCAAAUGGCAUCUCAGCUGGAAUGUGUGGCAUGGAACCCUGUUAACACCCUGACGUCCACGAUCAAGAGCCACACCUCAGGCUAUGAGAGUGACCCCAGCACACCCAUGGUGUACAGCUGCAGCACCCAGUACCGCAUCCACACCCACGGCGUGUUCCGAGGCAUCCAGGAUGUCCGCCGGGUGCCGGGCAUCACCCCUUCGAUUGUGAGGUCCUCGGAGACCAACGAGAAGCGACCUUUCAUGUGCGCAUACCCUGGCUGCAACAAAAGAUACUUCAAACUGUCCCAUUUACAGAUGCACAGUCGGAAACACACAGGCGAGAAGCCCUACCAGUGUGACUUCACAGAUUGCGGUCGAAGGUUCUCAAGGUCCGACCAGCUGAAGAGGCACCAGCGAAGGCACACGGGAGUUAAACCCUUCCAGUGUGAUACCUGUCAGAGAAAAUUCUCACGGUCUGACCACCUUAAGACCCACACCCGGACUCAUACAGGUAAAACAAGUGAGAAGCCUUUCAACUGCCGGUGGCCCAACUGUCAGAAAAAGUUUGCCCGAUCGGACGAAUUGGUCCGGCAUCACAACAUGCACCAGAGGAACCUGAGCAAGUUGCAGCUGGCACUGUGAGGGAGUACGGCUGCGUGUCGCCCACAGUUCCGUGCCACCCGUGGCUGCAUGCCACCCACGGACAGACUGUUUGCUGGAACGCAGGUCCUCGAACUGGGAUUCCGCUCGUCUUCUGCAAGCACUGUGGGGGUCAGGGAGGUUGGGAGUUAGGUCGCGGUGCUGCCCGAAGCACUGAGGCCAGUGAUACUGGCCGUUGUCAUGUACAGAGUCCCCCGUUCACCCAUGAAAAGUUCUGUCCAUCCAGCUUCGAACCAUUCCACUCGACUAAAAUCCAGUCUUUUUCAUCCGUCCAACGCCUUUUGUCUUAUUUACUUAAUGUUAAUAUUGACAUGUGAUCUGCAUGUCCAGUUUUUAAAUUUUUUAAACUGUUGUAACUGUGAGAAGUCUGAGACUAAUUUAUUUAAUUGCCUAAAUUAAAAUAUCAACGUUUGUAAAGACAGUUUGCGAGGAGAGCUUUGUCUCCUUGGACCGCACGUUCUUUUCACAGCAACCGUGAGCGCACUUCACAUAUGAGCUCGUCCAAAAUCUAUUAUUCCAAAUGUGAGACCUCGCUGUUAUUUCAAUGACAGCUCCAUAAGACUAAUUCCAUCAACACCUGCUGCUGAUGCUUUUGGCAAGAUGCCCUAAUUCCAAUAAUUGUGUCACAUAUUAACAAGGAGCUGGAGCUUAAUUUGGAGUUCGUAAAAGAUAUAAAAGUCACACUGGCUAUGUGGCGAAAUUUUCGUGAUGUUGACUUAUAAAGUGCUGGUCCACGGAUACCAUUUUAACAAACUCCCAUGCAAAAAUGUAACUUAUGUCUUAAAUUUAUGAAGAAGAAAUAUAAAUAAUACUUUGACAGCUGGAGAGAAAAAGACAUUUUGCUUUUUAAUGUGUAUUUUUCAUACAUCACUCCGAAUUAUUGUGUAUAUGUCUGAUAACACCUUAAAAACUCCUUGAUAUUAGAAAAUGUAUUAUAAGUAGAGCGCAUCAAAAUGUUUGCCUUUUCCCCCCCCUUAAAUAUAUAUCUAUGCCACAGUUUGAAAUCUGUAUGCUGCAUUUGUUGUUUUUU